AUGACGAUGAACUACGAACAGCUAAUUCAGUCUUCGAACCCCAUGCGAAGUCUUUUGAGCAUCUUCAAAUCCUCAACACCCGGUCCAGUUGAGAAAGUAGUUGAGAAAACCACUCUCGAACCACCACCUACCACCAUCCCCGUUGCAAACAAGCCAGCCAUGCCUGCUACAGGAUUCUGCCAGCUCGAGCCGGCCUACAACCUCAUCAUGUGGGUGACCGGCGCCAACCGCGUAGGACAACUGGCCAAUGGGAGCGACUUCGCCGUCUAUCAACUAAAUGCCGGCCAAAUGACUACUCUUGAUGACUUUGCUGGCCCUAAGAUCGAAGGCGAAGUCGUUACUGCUGCCGACUACCUCUACAUCGACUCCUCCAAAGAGCACGCCAGUGUCAAUGUUAAAGCCGUGGUCAAGACCACCGAGGGAGCAAUGGUCUACGUCAGCUGGACCGGCCACGCCGACAUCGACGACAAGAUGACGGCUAUCUUCACACAAGCUCCCAAUGCCGCUACCACUCCUUUCGGCAACAUCACCUCCUCCAUUAGCAUCGAAGCUGGUCACCCAUCCUUGGCUGCUCUCGGCAAAGGCUGCUUUGUUGGAAGUGGCAGAUUUUUGCUCCAUGAGGGUAAGAUGGCUGUGGAGACUCGCAUCUCUCGCGUCAUUGCUCCUGCAGACGACAACUGA